AUGGAUUCCAUCCGGGCUCAACUCGAGGCGGUCUGCGCGCAGGGCCUGUUUCGGGCGGUGUCACCAUCAAAUGUCUUGACAGGCUUCGGGGAAGCUUUUGAGACUGAGGUAGUUGGAACCGCUGUGGCUAAUGCUCAGUUGGUGCCCAGCACCCUCAGACCUGUUCAAGACGUGUCCAAGCAGGUCGAGCGGGUGGACGUUUUCGUCAGCCACAGCUGGAGCUCCAGCCGGUGGGCUAAAUACCUCGGCCUUUGCAUCUUUUGGAAUUUGCGGGCCGCGGUGGUGUCAUCCUUCGCGGUAUACGCGACAGUCAUCCUGGCCCUGCUGGCGGCCAGUGAUGCGGGCGACUAUGGAAGCAGUUCCUCGUUGGCGCCGCCUCUGAUCAUCGUACCAAUGGCUGUGUUCAUCAUCGUCCUCCUCUUCGGCCAAGACCUCCGCCGCCAUUUCUUCCAGCCGCCCACUGUCUGGUUGGACAGGCUGUGUGUAGAUCAGACGGAUAUGAAUCUGAAGGUCAAGGCAAUCCUGUCACUGCCGGUGUUUGUCGCGCAUGCGCGUCAGAUGCUGGUGCUUUGGGAUGACACCCUGUUUGAACGGCUUUGGUGCAACAUGGAACUUGCGACCUUUGCAAGGACGAGCUCACACAGUGUGACGCGUCUGACCAUGCAGCCUCUCUGGCUUACGCAGUGGCUUCUACUGUCUGUGGUCACGCAUCUGGCCGCGGGUCUUUUCUUAAAUGUAUUGCUUUCGACACAAGUUGCCCAUAUUUGGCAACCUGUGGCCGAGCUGGAUGGCUGGAUUAAACAGCGGUUUGGUCCAACAUCAAGCACAACCCUCUUCCUCAUCUGGGCGAGACAAGCCUUCGUUUUUGGAGCUGGCUUCGUUCCACAAGCUUUGACUGGGUGGUAUUGCUUACGACAGAAGCUGGAGAACCACCGGAGAAUGCUGAGCGACAUGGCCAACUUCGACGUCAAAGACGCCAAGUGUACAGAAGAAAGCGACAGGGCGCUCAUCGAGAAGAUCGUUCAAGAGGUCUUCGAAUCGGAGAUGGAGAACAGCGACGCCGGGACGGCCUCCCUGCAAGUAGGUUGGGGACUACCCUUCGGCGCGGAUUUGAUUCAGAGCCCUUCUUCAUUGGAGCGGACAAGCCUCAUCACUCUCCACGAGGAGACCACUGAGGACUUCUCAGGCGGUUUGGAGCGCUUCAAUGCCUAUGUCCGCGGGCCCCUGCGCGAAGCUGUGAUGGAGACUUUGGGUGACGAGGUGCACGUGCCGCUGCACUUGUGCAUUGUCGCCUCAUUGCCGAUGUGGUUUGUCGCCGCGGUGGACGUCCUCAGUUGUGAAAACUUCCGGUGCGCUGAUGUGCAAAAGCUCGAAGGAUUUGAGGACUUGACGCCGUACUUGCUGAGCAAUGCGCUGAGCUGGUUCUAUUUCAAUGCCGUGCUGUAUCCGACUGUCUUCCCACUGCUGCUUCGCAUACUGAGGUACCUCCGCAGGGUCGAUCGACCUACGUGGCAGCAGAUACCGCUGGAACUCGCUGGUACGUUGGUGGCUUUUGCCCAUGUUUUUGCAUGCAACGCAUGCAUCUUCGCAAGCGAGCUGUAUCUCGGCAUUGUUCAGUGCAGUAGAGAUUAG